UUCCUUAGCCCGCGGCGCGCGUGCGCAGGACGAAGUCGUGGCGGUGCCGGUGGCUGCUGAAAAGACAACGGUAUCUCGGCCUCAGGUUGCGUCCCAGUCUGAUCAAGCCCCAAGGCCUUCACCAUGGACUUCCAGCAUCGCCCCGGGGGCAAGACCGGGAGCGGGGGCGUGGCCUCCUCCUCCGAGAGCAACCGCGACCGCAGGGAGCGCCUCCGGCAGCUGGCGCUGGAGACCAUUGACAUCAACAAGGACCCCUACUUCAUGAAAAACCACCUGGGCUCGUACGAGUGCAAGCUGUGCCUGACGCUCCACAACAAUGAGGGCAGUUACCUCGCGCACACCCAGGGCAAGAAGCAUCAGACCAACUUGGCCCGGCGAGCAGCCAAGGAGGCCAAGGAGGCCCCCGCCCAGCCGGCGCCGGAGAAGGUCAAGGUGGAGGUGAAGAAGUUUGUGAAGAUCGGCCGCCCGGGCUACAAAGUGACCAAGCAGAGGGACACGGAGAUGGGCCAGCAGAGCCUCCUCUUCCAGAUUGACUACCCAGAGAUCGCCGAGGGCAUCAUGCCACGCCACCGCUUCAUGUCCGCCUACGAGCAGAGGAUCGAGCCUCCGGACCGGCGCUGGCAGUACCUGCUGAUGGCCGCCGAGCCCUACGAGACCAUCGCCUUCAAGGUGCCCAGCAGGGAGAUUGACAAGGCUGAAGGCAAGUUUUGGACUCACUGGAACCGGGAGACCAAGCAGUUUUUUCUCCAGUUCCACUUUAAGAUGGAGAAGCCACCGGCACCGCCGAGCCUCCCGGCCGGGCCUCCUGGAGUGAAGCGGCCUCCGCCCCCGCUGAUGAAUGGCUUGCCCCCUCGGCCACCACUGCCCGAGUCCUUGCCCCCACCCCCACCCGGAGGCCUGCCUCUGCCACCCAUGCCGCCUAGUGGGCCUGCACCUUCGGGCCCCCCGGGCCCCCCCCAGCUGCCCCCGCCAGCCCCCGGGGUCCACCCCCCAGCACCCGUGGUCCACCCCCCAGCAUCUGGGGUCCACCCACCAGCCCCCGGGGUCCACCCACCGGCACCCGUGGUCCACCCCCCAGCAUCUGGGGUCCACCCUCCUGCUCCCGGGGUCCACCCUCCGGCCCCAGGAGUCCACCCUCCGGCCCCAGGGGUCCACCCACCGGCCCCAGGGGUCCACCCACCGGCCCCAGGAGUCCAUCCUCCCCCAUCUGCUGGGGUCCACCCCCCAGCCCCCGGGGUGCACCCACCAGCUCCUGCGGUCCACCCCCAGGCCCCGGGGGUCCAUCCAGCAGCUCCUGGGGUCCACCCCCCAGCCCCAGGGAUCCACCCCCAGCCUCCUGGGGUCCACCCUCCCCCUCCUGGGGUCCAUCCUCCAGCUCCUGGGGUCCACCCCCAGCCUCCUGGAGUUCACCCCUCCAAUCCCGGGGUCCACCCCCCGACUCCCAUGCCCCCAAUGCUGAGGCCCCCACUCCCCUCCGAAGGCCCUGGGAGCAUUCCUCCCCCUCCCCCUGCCAACUGAAAAGCUGCCCCGUCCUGGCACGUCUGGUUCUGAUUCCUGUAUUUUUCCCCUGGAGUGAAGUCCGUGCUUCUGUACGGGGCUGAGCCGUGUCCCCAAAACGCAUUAAACAGCUUUCCUGA